CAAUGGUUAACACAAAGCAGCAAAUAAAACUGCCGGACAGUCAUGUUUAAUAGACAUGCGCUCCCGCUCGUGCACCAUGCUAGAGUCAGGGACGCGCUUGUGGGCGCGUUCACGUUGUGUAUCCAGUGUGUGAGCGAGAGACCCACAAUUCAUCAUCACAGUCCAUUCAAUUUGUACUCAGACGCUGACCCAUUCAGAGCUCCAGCUAUGGCCUCCGGUGUGAAAGUCACAGAUGAAGUUAUCGCGGUCUUCAACGACAUGAAGGUGCGUAAGGCUCAGGCGAACGAGGAUGAGAAGAGGAAGAGGAAGAAGGCCAUUCUGUUCUGCAUGAGCAAGGACCUCAAGAACAUUGUUCUGGAUGAUGGCAAAGAGAUCCUGCUGGGUGACUUGGGAACCACCGUCCAGGACCCAUACCAGCACUUUGUGAAGAUGCUGCCCCCAGAUGACUGCCGCUACGCCCUGUAUGACGCCACCUAUGAGACCAAAGAAACAAAGAAGGAGGACCUGGUCUUCAUCUUCUGGGCUCCAGAAAGUGCCCCCUUAAAGAGCAAGAUGAUCUAUGCCAGCUCAAAAGAUGCUAUCAAGAGAAAGUUUGAAGGUAUUAAGCACGAGUGGCAGGUGAAUGGUUUGGAAGACCUCAAAGAUCGGCACACCCUGGCAGAAAAACUCGGCGGCUCGUCAGUAGUCAGCCUGGAAGGAGCCCCUAUAUAAAUAUUGCCCUCCCCCCUUCCCCCCUCCUCUCUGGCUUGGAUGGAGGCAUUUCAGACACAUCUGUUGGGUUUAGUGUUCAUUCCAGUGUGGUUUGGAGAAGGGCAAAAGCAGAACCAGCACCAUUUGCAGGACUCUCGGGGUGAGAUAUUGUGGGUGGGUUUGGGGUCAAGUGACAGUUUAAAAAAAAAAAAAAAUUCCACUAAUGCAGACUGUCAUUCCAGUUCACGCAACAUAAAGAAUAUGAACAAAACACACAAAGGAAAAA